UCACGUGUUUAGUGACGUCAUGACGCUUCAUUUAGAAAGCGAAAGUAUAACAGUGAACGCCUUCAUCCAGAGUCUCGCCCAUUUUCUCUUUAUAUUUGCUCAUUAAUGCGCUGAAGGGCUCGUGUUGAUCUACAGUCAUCAUUGUACCGUGUUUCCCGGAGCUCGAGUGUGUGUCUGCGGUGAGUUCUGUCCUCGUGAUUCUCCAGUCUGAUCAGAAACUCGUCUGCUUCUGGAAAGUGUUAACAGAAAUGCGCUCGAUCAUCGUCCUUCUGCUGCUCAACCUGCUCACAGACUGCUCUGUGUCGUUCACCGCCAAGGUUCCUCCUGGUCCUGUAGUGGCUCAUGUGGGCUCCACAGUUAUUCUGCCCUGCUGGAUCUCUCCGGCCCAGAAUGCUGAAGCUCUGGAGAUCCGCUGGUACCGUCAUGAGGAUUUCCGCUACACUGUGCUCUACUUCCAACAUGGCAAGAUACAAGACGAGCAGGAGGAGACCUUCAGGAACCGCAGCUCUCUGACACCACGCUCAGAUCUGUCUGGAGGACUGAAGGGUGGAGAUGUGUCUCUGCAGCUGGAGAAGAUCAUCAUUCAGGAUGAAGCUUUAUUUCACUGCUACGUCAAUGGAGACAGUGACUACAGCAGUGCAGAGCUGGAGCUGAAAGUCACAGCUCCAGGGUCUGCUCCUGUCCUCUUCCCCAGGCCUCUGGAUGACGGCCGGCUGAACGUCAGCUGUAGCUCCAGCGGCUGGUACCCCGAGCCAAACAUCACGUGGACAUCAGACCAGCGAAAGACUCUGCGUCCUGCAGCAGUGUCUCUCCAUCGGGCAGCAGACGGGUUAUUCUCUGUCCACAGCUGGACCACCGUCUCUCCAUCAGACGCUCAGCUGGUCUCCUGCUCCGUGUCCACCACAACUGGAGAGUCCAAAGAGGGAAAGGUGGACAUACAGGGCUUUAUAUCCUCAGAUUCUUCAGACCUGUGGAAGCCUCUGUUCUUAACUCUCCUCAUCUGUGCUCUUCUGGGCUUGGCUGGACUGAUCCUCUACAAAUACAGAAACAUACUAACAGGGAAGAAAGCAGCUGGACCAGAUGGUGAGAAUCUACCUGUGCAGGAGAGAAAAGGAUACAUAGAAGUCCAGAUGUCUGACAACGCUUACGAGAAUGCUUCAGUUCCAGUAGACAUGAAUAUAGAAGACCUGAGGAAACAUGCAGAGCAGAUCACUAUUGAUCGUGAGAAUAUAUCUCCAGAUCUGACGGUUUCUGGUGACUGUAAAUCUGUGAGGGACAGUCCAAAGUAUCAUCACACUGCAGAGGAGUUUCCAUAUCAGUUAUGUGCAUUUGGAGCUCAACAGUUUACCUCUGGACGACACUACUGGGAGUUAGAGCUGGCACUUCCACCAAACCCUCCUAAACUCUCCUGGCUGAUUGGUGUGGUGAAACAUAAACAUUUUAGUGGAAAAGACAGAUCUGCUUUAACUCCAUCAAGGGGUUUCUGGUUUCUGUGUUCAGAUGGGGAAAAUGGCUUUAACACAAACACUGAUCCCCCAAUAACCCUGUCCAUAUCACCGAGACCUGAGCGACUGGGAGUUCUGCUAGAUUAUGAUGAGGGUCUGCUGGAGUUUUACAAUGUUAAAGAGAGGAAACAUCUCCUGAGCAUGCACACUAGAUUCUCUGGCUCAAUCGUUCCUCUGUUUAAUCCUGGUGUAGGCGAUAAAAGUCCACUCAAAAUAGUAGACUGUCCAGUAGAGGAAGAUUCACCUGCAGAGCUCACUGUACCUUCACAGAGUAACUGCAGUGCAGAAAACAUCACAGAAGCCUAACUGAGAGGCGGAGUUAAUAAUGAAACCCCACCCCCCAGUCAAUAUUCCAUUUUUGUUGGAAAUACUUCAUCAUACUCAAAUACUUUCGUUUCAUCCAGACUUUACAUUUUGACAUCACUUUAUUUAGGUUAUACCUUUAAAAUAUUUUGCAGAUUUUUAUUUGGGGGGGGGGGGGGGGGGUGUUGUCGCGAACUGAAGACUACAAGACUAAAAAGGGCAUGUGCACUGCACAGGUUGAGCCCUAGUGUGCACAUGCCUGAAGAAGUCCAUUAGCCUUGUCAUCUGUCAUGCAUUGGUCUACUUUUAAAUACUGGAUAGUUUUUGACCAAAUUUUGUUAAAGAGCAAAGUUAAAUAAUUUCUACUUUAAUAGUGAAGAGAUCGCGAUUGUAAACAGUCUGAGCACACGCGAUGAUGAUGAGAGGACUCGCAGUUCAUUUGAAAAAGCCUAUUUAAGAGCUCGCUUAUCUGUUUUUGACUGCGCUCUUAUAUUAAAAUAAAGCACUUGCGACAUUAUCAGAAAUACCUGCAUUCCCAUGCCGACAUUCAGACUGUGUUUAGAAGAGUGACAGGGCAGAGGAGAGUAAACUCGCUGUCGGAGAAAAGACAGCGAAACGUGUGUGUAGAUCAUCGAAAUGGCAGGAAAUGGCAGGACAUCUCUAUAGUGAAAUUAUCCGAGGAGCAUUAUUCCAAUAAAACAUUUGUUUUUCAGUUGUUAUUUUUUGCCACUGUAACACAGAAAGACAUUUGUCCCGCCCUUAAGUUUCACGCAAAUCUAGACAAGGUCGACUGUGACUGGUCACUUUUCAUGUUAGUCAAAUCACCGCUUUGGAAACAAGCGCUGUGAUUGUACACUUCAGGGGACAGCCAAUGCUGAUCACAUCGCUGUUAUCAUAUGCAUCAAAGGAUUUAAAGUUUUAAUUUUUUCUUCCAUUAUUCAGCAAUUCCUCUGCGUGCCACUAGGAGGAAGCCCGCGUACCACAGUUUGAGAACCACUGCUGUAAUGCAUUCAGUCGCUAUUUUAUACUAUGUUUUCUAUAUGAUGACAUGCUUUAUGUAAACACUUUUCUGAGUAAUAUUGUGCAUUAAUUGGGUUAUAUUAAAAAUAAUCAUUUGAAUGAGUGCAAAUUACUGUUUCAGUGUCAACACUUCAUUAUGUGUGCAGACACCAGUACAUGUCAGGGCUGGGCAUUGAGUAACUGCACAUCUGAAUUUGAUUCAAAAGCUGGUGAAUUGAUUCUUUUCCAAAUUUGAUUCAUUUGAUUUACUGAAAUCUGAGAUUGGGUGGCUCAGUGGUUACACUGUGUCACUGGUUUGAGUCUCGGCUGGGUCAGUUGGUGUUUCUGUGUGGAGUUUGCAUGUUCUCCCCGUGUUGGUGUGGGUUUCCUCCGGGUGCUCCGGUUUCAAAACUGAUUGAUGAUAAGCAAGAAAUGCAUGAUUUAGAGUAAACUGAUUCAUUAUUUAAAUGUGAUGGGGAACAUUGGGUUUUAUUACUAAAUGUUGUUUUACAUUUUAUUGAACAUUUUAAACCAUAACAGAGCUGAUGAUAGCAGAGUUUAAGGGCUCUAUUUUGAUGGUCCAUGUGCAGAGCACAAAGCGCAGGGCGCAAACGCUUUCAGGACAUGUCAGAACGCAUUUUUGCUAAUUUAAG